UGCAGAAAUCUUUCCUCAGGAAGGAGAAGAAAGUGGGGCUCAGUUCCUCUACUUUCUCCUACUAUCUAUCUGCUUUAGCAAUUCCACUCAUACACGUGUUAAAAGUGUAGCUUGAAUGGGCGUUGUGCUUCAAUCACUUUGUAGCUCUUUCCUGAAGCUGCUCUCCAUCUCAUGUAUCUGUAGAAUUUCUGCACUUACGGAACAGCAGAGGGAGCCAGAAGUUCAAAGUCAGAGCACAGGGAUGAAGCUGGAUUCAUUGGCUAAACUGAAGAGGAGAAAGGAGGGAGGGGGUAAAAGGAAGAGAAUUGCCACCCAAAAUUACCUACUGAAGCAGCGAGCAGAACAUCUCUUCUAGAUUGCUGAAACACAGAUGGUCUUACUUUGCUGCUGUAACAGCUCUCCCUUCUUCCAAGACAGAAACGUGCAGCAACAGAGGUUGUUUCCUCCAUCAGAGACAGACCUACCCAGACCUCCUGCAGUGAAAUAGAACAGAUAACUUCUUAGGCCAGCUCCAGAGGACUCUGUCUAUGUUUGGUUAUCACCUUUUUGGAUAAAAAUUUGGGGCCCAGGAUGAAUAAGACAAGGGCAGUUAAUGACGCUUUUCCUUUCCUGAAUAGUAAGAACUUGAGCUCAAAUCGAAGCUUCCCCUCGCACCUUUCUAACCAGUGCAGGAAUGUCACUGACCUUACUGUUUUUCUGGCCACCUCUUACAGUCUGGAGACUGUUCUAGGCAUUGUGGGAAACAUCUGCCUGAUUGCUGUUAUAGCCAGGCAGAAGGAAAAGACCAACGUCACCAACAUCCUCAUUUCCAACCUAAUAAUUUCAGACUUGUUUAUGUGUCUUGUCUGCCUGCCUUUCACCGUUGUUUACACCAUGAUGGACUAUUGGAUAUUUGGGGAGGUCAUGUGCAAAAUGACCUCUUUCACACAGUGCACAUCUGUGACAGUGUCAAUUCUUUCCCUUGUCCUUAUUGCUCUGGAAAGACACCAGCUGAUCAUAAACCCAACUGGUUGGAGGCCAAGCAUCUCCCAAGCCUAUCUAGGAAUUGGAGUCAUUUGGACUUUAGCAUGUCUCAUGUCUCUUCCCUUUUUGACCACAUCCAUCUUGUCUAAUGAUCUGUAUGAACAGCUCUCACACAUCAUGAAUUUUUCCUAUGACAAGGCCAUAUGCAUUGACUCAUGGCCUUCUGAGCAACACAGGCUUAUCUACACCACUACUCUACUUCUUCUGCAGUACUGCAUCCCGCUGUUCUUCAUUAUACUUUGCUAUCUGCGUAUCUACUUACGCCUACAGAAAAGAAAGGACAUGUUUGAGAAGAAUGAAUACAGUAACCGAGCAGUUCAGUUAAGAAGGAUAAAUAUAUUGUUAGCAUCCAUGGUUGCUGCCUUUGCUGUUUGCUGGUUACCACUGCAUGUUUUCAACACCAUUGUGGACUGGAAUUACAAGAUCAUUUCACCUUGCCACCACAAUCUGAUCUUCUCCUUGUGCCAUUUGGUAGCCAUGGCUUCUACCUGUGUCAACCCUGUCAUCUAUGGUUUCCUCAAUAGCAACUUCAAAAAAGAAGUGAAGUCAUUGAUUCUGAGCUGUCAGCAUAAUUCGGUAACUGCAUCAAUGGAAGAAUAUGAUCAUUUACCUUUAUCCACUAUGCAGACAGAAGUCUCCAAGGGCUCACUGUCAUUGAAUUGCAGACAUAAUUCUAUCUAG